AUGCAUGGAACUACGAAGAGUGUCUCGAUGAUGUGCAACGUAAAGCCAAAGAAGAAUCUGAAGAAGAAAUUUACUCACAGGGCAUACAGAUUCAUCACCAUCCUCGUCUUUUCUGCUAUAUUGUAUCUCAUCUUUGUGGAUUUUGUCAACUGUCUGGAAAAGAGACAAGGAGACGAUGAGGAACUCGAUCCAUUGGUACCUCCUCCAAAGGCAAACAAGGAAGAGAGAAUUGAAUGGUUCAGGAAACAGUUACCGAAGCUCGAAAUACUGAAUUCAACUAGCAAGAGCCAGAGAUUCCACCCAAGAGUGUUGGAAUUGUUCAACAACAAUUGCACAACUCAGUUCUUCAUGGUGUGGCUUUCACCGGCCAAAUCUUUUGGACCUAGAGAGCUAUUGGCCGUCGAUACUCUCUUCAGUACCAAUCCAGAUGCAUGCCUUGUGAUUAUGUCCAACACUUUGGAUUCCCCCAGAGGAUACAACAUCCUAAAGCCAUUGCUUGAUCAAGGCUUCCACAUUCUUGCUGCAACACCAGAUAUACCCUUUCUCGUCCAGAACACCCCUGCCGAAUCAUGGCUGAAAAGGUUGAAGAGCGGCGAUAUGGAUCCUGGCUCUAUCCCCUUGUAUAUGAAUCUAUCUGACCUGACAAGGCUUGCAGUUCUGUACAAGUACGGAGGAAUCUACUUGGACACGGAUAUCAUAUUUCUGAACGACCUGAGGGGACUGAGAAAUGCAAUCGGGGCACAGAGUGUGGACAGAGGAACCGGGAGAUGGACAAGGCUAAACAAUGCGGUGAUGAUCUUUGAUAUCUACCACCCGGUUAUGUUUGAAUUCUUGCACGAGUAUGCCACGACUUUUGACGGGAAUAUAUGGGGCUAUAACAGCCCUUACCUGGUUUCAAGAGUCAUCCAGAGAUUAGGAAACAAACCCAGAUACAAUCUCACAAUCUUGCCACCAAAUGCCUUUUAUCCAGUUAAUUGGAUCAAGAUUCCUGGGCUUUUCAAGAAACCUGCAACCAUAGCCGAAGCAAAACAGGUAGAGAAGACGGUGCGUGACAUUAGCAGCGGGAGUUACAUGAUCCAUCUAUGGAACAAGGUAACGAGGAAGACGAAGAUAGAGGAAGGAAGCGGCAUGCAAAUUCUAAUAUCAACGCACUGCACAAGCUGCCUAAACAUUACAAAUUCUCAUGAGCAACCCCCCACGAAACAAAAUCCUUCCUCGUGAGUAGAUUUCAUUCUAUAUGAUUUUUCUUUGGUCAGGAAUUUAUAGAAAUACUAUUUGCCAGUAUGAUUCGGUAUCUGCUUUGAGGAAUUGAGGUUGCAAGAAUCAUGUUUGGACUUCAUCCAUGUCUUUUCACCCUGAUGAACAAAGUGCACUCCAAACUCAGAAAUCUCUUCACCACAGAGAUCACUAUGUGAAAGCUCACGUGGUUAGAUCAUUUC